UUGUACUCGCUGAACGAUUACAAGCCACCCAUUUCUAAAGCUAAAAUGACACAGAUCACCAAGGCAGCAAUCAAGGCUAUAAAGUUCUACAAGCAUGUUGUGCAGAGUGUUGAGAAAUUCAUUCAAAAGUGCAAACCAGAAUACAAGGUGCCUGGUCUGUAUGUCAUUGACUCGAUUGUGAGGCAGUCCCGGCAUCAGUUUGGGCAAGAGAAGGAUGUAUUUGCUCCAAGAUUCAGCAAUAACAUCAUCAGCACUUUUCAGAACUUGUAUCGUUGUCCUGGGGAUGACAAGAGUAAAAUUGUCAGAGUGCUAAACUUAUGGCAGAAAAAUAACGUGUUCAAGAGUGAAAUUAUUCAGCCUCUCUUGGAUAUGGCAGCAGGAAUUCCUCCACCAGUUGUGACCCCCGUCUUGCCCAGCACUACUGCUGCUAUGAGCAACAAUACACCAGGAACACCUGUGACUCCAGUUACUCCAGCCAAUGUGGUGCAAAGUUUACCGGAUCCUUGGGUAUCUCAGAUUGCUAAUACAGAUACGCUUGCUGCUGUUGCCCAGAUUUUACAGAGUCCCCAAGGCCAACAGCUUCAGCAGUUGAUACAGACGCUGCAGAUACAGCAGCAGAAACCUCAGCCUUCACUACUUCAAGCCCUGGAUGCUGGUCUUGUCGUUCAGUUACAGGCCCUAACUGCACAACUUACAGCUGCAGCUGCUGCUGCCAAUACACUUAACCCGUUGGAACAGAGUGUCUCUUUUAAUAAGCUGAUGGACAGAUUUGACUUUGGGGAAGAAUCUGAACAAAAUGAAGAGCCUAAAAAGGAAACUCCCACUUCCCAACUGCCUUUAGUACCAGAAUCUGUGAACAACUCACUUUUUCACCAACUAGCUGAACAAUUGCAGCAACAAAAUUUAGAACAUCUCAGACAACAACUUCUGGAGCAACAGCAGCCUCAAAAGGCAAGCCCUGAGGAAAAUCAGGAAGGGAAUUUUGGUUCAGAGCACUCGGCAUCACCAUCACAAGGGAGCAGUCAACAGCAGUUUUUAGAAGCAGAAACAAAUGUAGAUGAUUCAAUGGAUAUUCAACAACAGGACAUGGACAUAGAUGAAGGGCAGGAUGUUGCUGAAGAAGAGAUUUUUGAACAAGAAGAAAAAAAAUCUGCUGUUCGUUCAAGAUCAAGAACUCGUUCAAGAUCUCGUUCAAGGUCACCAAGGAAACGAAGGUCUAGAUCACGAUCUGGUUCUCGUAAGCGUAAACACAGAAAACGUUCACGAUCAAGAUCAAGAGAAAGGAAGAGAAAGUCAUCUCGGUCCUACUCCAGUGAAAGAAGGGCUAGGGAAAGGGAAAAAGAACGUCAGAAAAAGGGGUUACCUCCAAUACGGUCAAAAACACUAAGUGUUUGCAGCACUACUCUUUGGGUAGGUCAAGUAGACAAGAAGGCAACACAGCAAGAUUUGACCAACUUGUUUGAAGAAUUUGGACAAAUAGAAUCUAUUAAUAUGAUUCCCCCAAGAGGUUGUGCAUAUGUCUGCAUGGUUCAUAGACAAGAUGCAUAUCGUGCUCUUCAGAAGCUUAGUUCUGGGUCCUACAAAAUCGGAUCUAAAAUUAUUAAGAUUGCCUGGGCUUUAAAUAAAGGUGUGAAAACAGAGUAUAAGCAAUUCUGGGAUGUGGAUCUGGGAGUUUCAUAUAUUCCUUGGGAGAAGGUAAAAUUGGAUGAUUUGGAGGGCUUUGCUGAAGGUGGCAUGAUUGACCAGGAGACAGUAAAUACAGAAUGGGAAACAGCAAGGAGCUCAGAACCUCCUAAAGAAAAUAUUCAAACUACACAGAGUACUGCAGUUGAUAAGAGCACAGUGAUUACGACACAGACAGAAGCUUACACACAGCCAGUCACUAUGCUACAGAUUCCAGUAGCUCCAGCUGUGCCUGCUGUUAGCUUAGUUCCACCUGCGUUUCCUGUCACAAUGUCUGUCCCCCCUCCUGGUUAUAGUGCCAUUCCUCCUCCACCCUUCUUGCGAGCAAGUUUCAAUCCUUCGCAGCCACCUCCAGGUUUUAUGCCUCCCCCAGUUCCUCCUGUUGUCCCACCACCUGUUGUCCCACCACCUGUUGUCCCACCAGUUGUUCCAACAUCGUUAGUACAGCCUCCAUUACCAAUUGCUCAAGAGACAAUGAAGGAUGUACCUUUUACUGGCCUGGUUCUACCAGUUGUUGGCACAGUUAGUAGCAAUCUAGCUACUCCAACAUUAUCUUCUGGAAGCAUCUUUAAUCCUCUGCCAAUCAACAAACAAGAAUCUGAUGAAAAGGGAUCUCAUCUUGCAGACCUUCAGAUUUCUUCCAGUGAAAACAGUAGAGCUGUGCAAAGUGAUGUCUCGAGUAGCUCUGGACUUGUUGGAGGAAUGCAACCACCCAGUGUCUCAAGCAGUUCUGGGUUAACUGGAGAAGGCCAGCCACCCAGUGUCUCAAGCAGCUCUGGACUUGCAGGUGGAGUUCAGCCACCCAAUGUCUCAAGCAGCUCUGGACUUGGAGGAGGAGUGCAACCACCAACUGUUUCAAGCAGUUCUGGUCUUGCAGGAGGAGUGCAGCUACCCACUGUCUCCAGUAGCUCUUCUCUUGCAGGAGGAGUUCAGCCAACCAGUGUCUCGAGCAGCUCUGGACUUAUGGCUGGAGUGCAACCACCAAAUGUCUCAAGUAGCUCAGGGCUUCUAGCUGGAGUGCAUCCACCCAAUAUCUCAAGCAGCCCUGGCCUUCUACCAGGAAUGCAGCCUCCCAGUGUUUCAAGUAGCUCAGGAGUUCUGGCAGGAGUACAGCCACCGAGUGUCUCAAACAACUCUGGUCUUCUCCUAAUGCCACCACCGAAUGUUUCAAGUAGUUCUGGACUUAUGGGAGUGCCACCACCAAAUAUUUCAAAUAACUCCGGACUUCUGGCAAUACAGCACCCAGCUGGCGUUCAAAAUAUGCCUCAUUUAAAUAUUAGUAGUCAAAGGAUGCCAGGAAUGCCUCUCAUAGAUAUCCGUCCAGGCCUAAUGCCCCAUUCACCUGGACCAAGGUUUCCAUUAAUGCAGCCAGGAAUACCACCACAGCGUAGUAUUCCUCCUCCAGCAAUCCUUGAUCCAUCUCUUCACCCUCCGCCUCGAGGUCCUUUUCCUCCAGGAGAUAUUUUUAAUCAAACAGAAAGACCUUUUGCAACACCAGGAAGACAAAAUAUUGAUAGCAUUUCUAAUCCAGAGAAAAGGUUACCACUUGGAAGCGAUAAUAUUCAGCAGGAGGGAGACAGAGAUUAUCGCUUUCCUCCAGUGGAAAACCGAGAUAAUCUCAACAGACCAUCCCAAGUGGAUGUCAGAGAUUCUGUUGGACGACCACCAGUUGAUCCAAGAGAGAGCAUAGGAAGACCUCCAGUAGAUGGAAGAGAACAUUUUGCAAGACCUCAUGUAGACAUGAGGGAAAAUUUUGGAAGACCAGGUAUAGAUAAUCUUGGUCGAAGAGAGCAUUUUGCUUUCAAUUCGGAUAAGCACUGGGGACAAAGAGGAGAUUAUGAUGAAAGAGAGCACCAUGCCUUUCCUAUUUAUGGUGGCCCUAAAGGCUUCCAUGAGGACAGAGAGAGAUUUCGGCAUGUAAACUAUAGGUUUGAUAGUAGAAGUGGUCCCAGCUGGAAUAGAGGAUUUGAACAAGAUGCUCACAGAGAUUUUGAUGACCGCAGAAGACCCUGGGAAAGACAGAGGGACAGGGAUGACAGAGAUUUUAACUUCUGCAGAGAAAUUAAUGGGAACAGGUUUGGAAGAGACAGAAUGUCAAACAACUGGAUCCCUCCUCCACACCCACGGGUUUUUGAAUACUUUGAUGGGGCCACUUCCCAGCGCAAAGCGGAUAAUUUGCCCCAGGUAAAUGGUGAAAAUACAGAGACAGAAAGUCAACCACCAACUGCACAGGUGCAGGACGAUUCAGAACUUUAUGAAAAACUGACAUCUUCCGUCGAGAUAAACAAAGAGAAGAGUGACACAGAAGCUGAUAUAGAAAGUGAACCAGUGGUAGAAAGCACAGAAACUGAGGGGACAUAAUCAUCACUCAGUAGGUAAAAGAUACCUUUUGUAAAGUUGUCAUCUCUCUGUAAUAGAUAAAUGGCUGACUGGACCUUAGUAGUUCACUUUUGUCUGCCAGAAUUAAGUUAAUCUGAUGUUCAUGUUCAUCUUUCACUUAAAUAACUGUACAACUGACUUGUAUAGAACACUGUUCUUAAUUUGAACAUGGUAGGUAAACUUUUUUUUAAUUUCCCUGGUAAAACAUAAACUUGCCCCACUUGCUUUUAAUUUCACAAAGAUAAAAUAACAGCUUGUCAAACAAAGACUUCCUAUGGAAGAAAAUGGAAUUUUUUAGAUACUACCCCUAGGUUGGCUAUUGAAAUUGUUAUACUUGAAAACAGGUGCUGGUGUAUCUUGUCCGUGUUUUUAGGCUGCUGCAGAAUUUUAAAGUAUAGACAAAGCUGUGAUAUUUUAUGUUCCUACAAUUUGGCAGAAAAUGAAAUGGCCCAUGUUACUUAAGGAGCAUAAUACAGAGAUUAAAAGUGAUUUUGUAAAAUCUACACUAUAGUCUCUGUUUUCUCUAAAGUAAGUGUUUUGUGGUUUGUUCCUCGUACUGCAGUGGGUUUAAAAAACAAUGCAAAAGUACAUUUUAAUGUUGGGUGCAUUUUGUUUUUAGAUGCCAAUAAAGCAUAUUUGUUUGAUAACAGUGUUCUAGGUAUUGUAUUUUUUUUUUUUUUUAAAGAAACCUGCAAGCUAUAAAAACUUGGAACCAGCUAUGAUAUGUGCUUAGCUAGUUGUUGCAAAAGGUUUAUACUACUUUUGUAAGACCAAUGCAACAGCUAUCAUGUGCAAGAAAGAUGUGUAUGGUUUUUACAUGGAAAAUCAUGCAGUCAUGCUAGUUUAUGUGUAUAACAUAUGUAUGUAAAUAUUUGUGUAAACUCUUUGUAGAUACUACUUUCUCUGUGCGUGCGUGAAUGUGCACACACUCACAGAAUAUUGCAGACAAUUCAAUAAAAUUGAAAAAAAUAGGUUAGAAAAAUGUUCACCUUCUUUAGAUAGUAAGAUUACAAAGUGCGUAUCACUGUGAUACUGUCAAGCUUACAUUUACCUUCUUACGCUAAUAGAUGUAUGAAGUUCUUACUACUUACAGAAGGUGAAAUACGAUACACUGUAAGAAUAUACAGUAAUAUUUUAGCUUUCUUUUUUAAAAUGAGGAUACAUGUGAAGCCAAAAUUUAAGUAUUUGCAUUGUCUUGUUUUGUAACAUAUUGGGUAUUCUGGAUAGACAGUGGUAGUGUUUAAGUACUUUGUGGUUGUUUUUAUUGACUCAAAUUCCCAAAAUGUUGCAUGAAGAGUAAAAAGCUGUUGUUGGUCUGAAAAAUCCUCUUUUUUUUUUCUUUUUUUUUUUCUUUGUUU